AUGGCAUCAAAGCCAACCUCUCUUCUAGCAUCAGAACGGAAAACGACCUUCCAUCUGACAUUCUACGCACGCUUGAUAAAGGGAACAGUCAUGCGUAACGUCAGCCGAGAAAAGCCAAGAAAUCAAAGUUCAAAAGCAAUCGUGUCAAAUUCGAACGACCCAAAGAACAAAGAACCUCAGAAAGGUCAACCCAUACAGGAAUACCUUCGGAAAUAG